AGUCACCAGAGACAGAAAGAGAAAGAUGAAGAUUUAUUUUGUGGUGCUGUCGAUCGCCCUCAGUGGCUGCUACCCUGCCAAAGAGCCUCCCGAUCCUCCACUGGUCCAACUGAACUCUGACUUCCUGCCAAACCAAACUGAGGUGGUUCUGACAGCCAGUGCCCCCUUCACCCUCCGUUGUCAUGGUAACAGCUCGGUCCGAUGGUCCUCUACUGCGUUCAGUCUGAUGUACGAUGACAGUCUGCAGGAUCUGGUGCAAGUACAGAGGUCAAACCCCAGGCACACCGGGACGUACCGCUGUGGGUACACCAACCAGAGCCUGGAACACCUGUACACGUGGAUCCACCUGUAUGUCAAAGAUCCUGCUCGCCCCAACAGCGUUUUCGUCACAUCGCGCAGAACCCCUCAUGUCAAGGAAGACCAGGACUUCCUAUUCAGGUGUCUGCUAACCGACCCGUUAGUCACUAACCUCACCCUCCAAUCAGAGGGCAGCAAUGGGGGAAGGGGGCGGGGCCUGCCCCAAGGCAUGAAUGUGACUUUUGAUCCCAAGAGAGGAGCCUUGAUCCGAGACCUGCAGAGGUCAUUCAAUGGACGCUACUUUUGCUCAGGCUGGAAGGACGGACAGCAGUUCAAAUCUGAAGCUGUCGACCUGCGGGUGGUCCCCAGGUUGCGUCAUCCUCCCUCAGUGUCUGUCAGUCAGGCUGUUGUGGUCCUUCUGGAAGGAGAGAAGUUUGAGGUCACCUGUAUGAGCAGUAACCCCAACCAUUUCCACAACCUCACCUGGACAGACCCGAGCAAAAAGCCACUAAAACUUCCUGUUAACCGUAAACCGUUUGAUGGCCGUCAUUACCUGGAAAGCACCCUGAGGAUCUCUGCUGUCAGUCAGAUACACAGUGGAACCUACACAUGUACAGCUAUCAAUGAUGCUGGAGUCGCCACGGCAACCACACAGCUCAGAGUUCUAGAUGGCCCCUACCUGUGGAUCUACCUGCAGCCAAUGCAGCAGGCUAACACUAACAACGAGACCACAGGAGUCAACAAGGACCUGGUUUCUAACAUUAGCAGCAUGCCAAUGAAGAUGCAAGGACAUCUUGAGGCUAAAAUUGGCAGUGGUUCACUAGAAGUGAACAAGGAACUAAUCGUUAAUGUUAGCACCAAUAAAAUUGAUGCAAAUGAGGAUAGCAGUGUUAAUAUCAGCGGCAGCAGCAUGAUGGAGGUCUAUGAAGGUCAAGAUGUGAUGCUGACCUUGGUGAUAGAGUCAUAUCCUCCAAUCAUGAACCAGAGCUGGACGACACCAACAAAGGUCAAGAACAACAACAACAUGGUGUACCAGGAGACCUACACCGCUAACGGCUACAGGUCGGAAGCCAGUUUGCUGUUGCGGCGAGUUCGUCAGGAGGAUCGAGGUCAAUACUCAUUCCACUUCUCCAACUCGUUCUUUAGCGGCUCACAUAACAUCGACCUCCAAAUUUACUGUUCUCCGAGUGCUGUAGUCAGUGUGGAGAAUGACACUCUGACCUGCAGAAGCUCUGGAUAUCCAUUACCCAUAAUCCUCUGGUACACCUGCCCAGGAUUCCAGGACACGUGCGGAGACAUCUCAGCCUACCAGGUUUCCCCAGCUGAUGUGAUCUCACAGGAGGAUGAGGAGGAAGUCAGAAUACACCUGACCCUUCCGCUGUCGGCUGGUGGUGAUGUCACUGUGGAGUGUGUCGCUUACAACGACAGGGGAGAGUCUCGUGAAAUCUUUAAUCCUCGACAACCCAAAAUAUUCUUCACACAGCCUCUGAUUGGAGCUUUGAGUGCUGCAGCUGUACUUCUCUUGCUUUUAUUGGUCGUGUUUUACAAGUGGAGACAGAAACCGAAAUAUGAGAUUCGUUGGAAGAUCAUCGAGAGCACAGACGGAAACAACUACACCUUUGUUGACCCCACCCAGCUGCCGUACAACCACAAGUGGGAGUUUCCCAGAGACAAACUCCGCCUUGGUGCUGUUUUGGGUUCGGGGGCCUUUGGAAAAGUCGUGGAAGCAACAGCAUACGGUCUGGGGAAGGACAACGACAUCACACGGGUCGCCGUCAAGAUGCUCAAACCGAGCGCUCUCUCCGUGGAACGUGAAGCUUUGAUGUCGGAGCUGAAGAUCCUCAGCCAUCUUGGUUACCAUGACAACAUUGUAAACCUGUUGGGCGCCUGCACUCAAGGAGGCCCCAUGUUGAUGAUCACAGAGUACUGUAGCCAUGGCGACUUACUCAACUUCUUACGGGCUCAUGCUCAGGACUUCAUGGAGUCCUUUUUGAGUGUUGAUGAAGUGGAGGGGGAGGCUUUCUAUAAGAACAUGGCCGCCCAGCAUGCACGGCUCAGGAGUGACAGUGGUAUCUCCUGCUCCUCAGACUAUCAGGAGAUGCAGCCAGUUCUGAGUCCAGGACAAACAAACCUGGGUGUUCAGACAGGCAGUCUGUCUGUUGGUGACCUCAUGAGGUUUUCCCACCAGGUGGCUCAGGGUCUGGACUUUCUGUCCACCAGGAAUUGUAUCCACAGAGACGUAGCAGCGAGGAACGUCCUGCUGACUGAUCAUUGUGUUGCAAAGAUCUGUGACUUCGGUUUGGCCCGAGACAUCCGCAACGACGACAGCUACAUCGUACAGGGAAAUGCUCGUCUACCUGUGAAGUGGAUGGCUCCAGAGAGCAUCUUUCAGUGUGUUUACACCAUCCAGAGUGACGUCUGGUCCUACGGAGUCUUACUGUGGGAGAUCUUCUCUCUGGGUAAGAGCCCCUAUCCAAACGUUGUUGUGGAUACCCACUUUUACAAGAUGAUCAAAGAUGGCGGCCACAUGAAUCAGCCAGACUUCGCUCCAGCAGAGAUGUAUCAGCUGAUGACGCACUGCUGGAGUUUGGAGCCCACAGACAGACCAACCUUUAAAGUGAUCGCUCAGCUCAUUAACAGGCUCCUCCCCUCCACCAGUGACACGUCACCAUAUUACGGUGACCAGAUGUACAGGAACAUCGAUGAGUGCAGAGAAGAAGAAGAAGAAGAAGAAGAAGAGGAAGAAGAAGAGAUCACAGGCAGAAACACAAUGAAGAGAGGAGAAGAAGAGGAGCGCCGUGACGACAGUGAUGAUAAGGAGGAGGAGUCAGUGAUGAGGAACAUCUACCAGCUGUCCUGAUCCUCCCCUCGAGUCAAAAUGCAUGUCCGUUUCUCAUGUUCGUCUCCACUGUCUGUUCAAACAUUCAGAGUGAACAACAUGAAAACACCUCAACUGUCAAAAACGAUGUUGAUGAAGGUUCUCAGUCAUCCAGGUCAUGAUAAUUAAGUGCUAAUACAUAGGCAACUGGACUUGUUUCAAUUUCUUGAAGACAAGGAUACAACUGUGUCAACACAGAUGAGUCUUCCUGGACCACAAACCAAACUUUGCGUUAUUUUCUUUUUUUUCAUGGAGGUGCUAUGCCAAAGUAUUGUUUUUCAUUCACAUAUUCUCAGAUUUUGUUUAUUCAUGCAAAACCUUUUCCCUGUACAUUGAUCCUUUGUAAGAUGUCAUUCUUAUUCUAAAUGUAGUGUUUAUUAGUAUUGUAAAAAUAGAUUUGAAUCGGCUUCGUAAAACCAGAACUAUGCAAAUGCAGCACAAUAUGACCUCUUAUUGACAUCACUCAAGGUCAUAAAAUCUACAGAGCAAAUGAUCUUAAAGGUCAGAUAUCAAAUUCAAAUACAGGAACAACACAGCAGGGACACUGACUGGAUCCGUCUGAUCAGGUCUCAACUUUGAUUACAGCGACUUAAAGAGAGUUUGAUUUUGUAUUUUUUUAAACUUUAAAUUUCAGUGUUUGAUCUUUUUUAAUCCACAGUUUCUCCUCUGUGAUUGAUCUGAAGUGUGAUUCUUAUUUUUUGUAUUUUUGCUGUCACUUUUGUAAAAAAAAGUUUCUAAAAAAAAGAAUAAAAAAUAAAUACAAAC